AUGAUACAUCGCAAAUUCGUGUUAGUGCGGGAGAGGCCGCUCGAUCACGCCCUCCCGACGGGGGAUCGAAUUAUGUGCCGAGCCAGAGCCGAUACCGGCGUGCGGCCCGCCCACCACGGCAGCAACAGCACCACCACCACCACCACUACCACCACCACCACCAACAGCAGCAGUAGCAGCAGCACCAGCAGCACCAGCACCAGCAGCAGCACUAACAUCAUCAGCAGCAGUACGAACACCAUCAGCAGCACCACCAGCAACACCAUCAGCAGCACUAACACCAUCAGCAGCACCAGCAGCAGCAGCACUAACACCAUCGGCAGCAGCAGCAGCAGCACCAGCAGCAACAUCACAGAGAAGCCACCAGGAGAGACCUCGGAGGAGUUGAGAUGUUGA